CGGUUUCGAACUAUCCUAUUAUUUCCAGAUAUUAGCGAAAUCCCAUUGUGCAUUAAAUAAAAUAGAGCCUGUCCCCGUUUGCUGCAUGCACAUGGUACCUCCCAGCUGUCUGCGUGCCUGCUCCUGGAUAUUGCUCGAAACAUCCACGGAUUUACUGCGGUAUUACAGGCGGCAGCUCGGUUUCACUGGAAGUUAACCUACACACCGCGAGUGUACGAGUGGGUCUGCAAUUGUCGCAGCAACUGUACCCCUGAAAAUGACACAAGGCAAAAGUGUCAGAACGUAACUCCUUAAGGAAAGGAGUAGGUGAAUCAUAACUUCAAGAUCCUCUGCUGAGCUUAUUUUCAGACGCUCCAUUUCCAAGCUACUCGAGCACAUGCAUGCAAAGCUCUUUGCCACGAACAAAACCCCAAAUCCUGAAGCCGAGCAGGGAGGUCCUGAGAAAAGAGAGCCGAUGAGUGCAUCAACUGCACCCCCCACAUAUGAAGAGGCAACAGCAGGUGCCAAGAAUAGCAGCCCUUCGCCAUCGGCACCGAUGCACCCCAGCUGGGCCUAUGUGGAUCCAAGCCGUAGCCCCAGUUAUGGAAGCGGAGGCUUCUCUGGUGAAAGUGAGAUGUUUUCUUCAUUCAGCUGGGACGAUAAGAAUGUUCGCCGGAUCUUCAUCAGAAAGGUCUACAUUAUCCUGAUGAUUCAACUCUCCGUCACGGCUGGGGUUAUUGCGCUAUUCACCUUCUGUGACCCUGUCAAGAUUUACAUUCAGGCACAUCCUGGCUGGUACUGGGCUUCAUAUGCUGUGUUCUUUGUUACCUACCUGACCCUGGCCUGCUGCACCGGACCAAGGAGGUAUUUCCCAUGGAACCUGAUUCUGCUGAGCAUUUUUACACUGGCCAUGUCUUACAUGACAGGAAUGAUGUCAAGCUACUACAACACGAAAUCUGUCCUGCUUUGCUUCGCCAUCACAGCUCUGGUGUGUUUUGCCGUGACAAUAUUCAGCUUCCAGACAAAGUUUGACUUCACCUCCUGCCAAGGAGUCCUGUUCGUACUGUUGCUGGUCCUUUGCAUCAGUGGCUUUGUCCUGGCGAUUGUGUUGCCGUUUCAGUAUGUUCCCUGGCUUCAUGCAAUUUAUGCAGUGCUGGGAGCAAUCAUCUUUACAAUGUUCCUGGCCUUUGAUACGCAGAUCCUGAUAGGAAAUCGUCGGUAUGCCAUCAGCCCUGAGGAGUACAUCUUCGGGGCGCUGAAUAUCUACUUGGACAUCAUUUAUAUCUUCACCUUCAUGCUGCAGAUUUUUGGCUCCAAUAGAGAAUGAGCUGGUCAGAAUGGGUCGCUUCCACUUGAGAUGGACUUUUUUUUCUAUCAAAAAAUGUACCAGCAACAGCAGCAAUUAGAGCUAAAGCAAGUGGCAUAGCUGAAACCCAAUUGCUCCAACUUGUUAAUGGUUUAAUCCAUUUUGUGUUAAUGUAACAGUGAAUCUAGUAUAAGAUGGAUCUGCACAAGCUUAUAGAUAUACGCAUGACAGCAAUACAUAUGCCAGUGCGUUUUGGGCUUUUGGCGCGCAUACAUUCCAGGAACACAGCUGAUAUACUUGCUUCCCUGCAGUUUGAGUCAUCUGCCAGCUUGGCUUUCUCACACUAAUUUUAUUAACGGGUGCAUGGUGAUUAUCUGUAAAUGCCUUAGAAGAAACUUUUCCGGAUUGUGUUCGCUAGUGUAGGGGAGUGAGCUUCAAAUUUGCUUCCUUGCUCUAAAGGUCCAGGGGUGGAAUUUUUAUUUCCUGUACUUAUGCCGAGAGAGGGUAAGUUGCUCCUGGCUGUUCGUACCUACAUUCCCUGAACCGCGGGUCCAACUCUGAAGCCUUGAGCACAGAAUCCGGGUUACUACCGCCCCCUGGCGGCACUGAGGGAGUACUGCACUGUCAGAAGCGCCAAGCUGCAGUGGAGGUGUUGGACUGACGCUCCCGCCUUCUAUUUUUACAGAGGUGGUAACAUGUCCCAAGGUACUUGAUUGGAAGCCAAGUGUUCUCCUUGUAUUUUUCCCCUGCGCAAAUGUCACUUUGGCAAUCUGAUCAUUUUGUUUGGGCGCAAAAUGGCUGCUGCAUUCGCCAGUCAUGACUAUUUAAACAAUAAACGGUUGAAGCAUGGGAAGGAUGCCAGGGAUGUUAUAUAAAUGUAGAUUCCUUCUUUUUACACGCGUCUCCUCUGAGGCAGCUUGCAUGCUUGUGCUGAGUUCCAUAGUGUUGGUUUCUGUGGAAAGGGGAAGCUUUAAAAACUGGGGAAAGGUGAUGGUUUUUUGUUAAAAGGCUGCAUUUAUACAGAGAGCCUCUGUAGUUUGUAAACUGAUUAUAAUAGACUUGUGUAAUAGUCAAUGGUCUGUCUUGUUUUAAUUUAUUUAUCAAUCAUCUGCUGCAACAUGAGUGAUUAAAUCUUGCCCCAUCUACACUCUGCUUUGAACCAAGUUCACUUCCAUUUACCACUCCAGGCCAGAUAGGUAGAACACCUCCUUCCUUUGUGUGUAUUGCCGACUGAAUUUUCAAUCCUGUCCAGCAUUCAGAAUAUUUAAGUUACCAAAAAAUCCAGCCACUCAUUCUGGCUACUGAAGUUGUGGAACAGCUUGCAAUGUCUGUCCUGAAAAAGGCAAGGGAGGGGGCAGAACCACCUUGGUCGAUGUUAAGAAUUGGCAGACCGUAAGUGACCAAAUUAUGAUCUUGCAGCAGGGGCCUUCAACAUGGGAAUAAGUGGGUACAUUGUAAGAACUUGCAAUUAUGGGAGAUCGGUGGGGAAGAAAGUAGCCAGUCCACUAGUAUGGUGCCAGUUGUGGCCUUUGCCUUUGCCUCUGUGUUAAGUCACCCUCUAGGCUUGGCUGGCAGUCUGGUUGGGAUUGAGGGCGAGUUGGUGAGUUAAAAAACUGAAGCCCUGUGCCCCUCCUCUUGGGCAGAUAUAAACGAUGAUGUGGCUUGAUUAACAUAAAGAAUGGAGAUUUGUUUUUGCACCAGUUACGUCCAAUAAUAUCUCAUGGGGGGAAAAAGGUGCCCUAUCACUUGAUCACAUUUCAAAAGUACAUCACUGGCAUGGGAUUAGGCAUGAGAAACAACUACGUCUACACAAUACUUUAAUUCAAUAAAGCCUUUAUUUCAGAUGCAACUAUUUAGAGUUAAUAGACUGCAGAUUAUAAUCUGUUGAAGUUUAAAUUAAAAAGUACCAGUCAUUUGCUGCUCUGACAAUGAGUCAUCUGUUUAAAUCUACAAUAUGUAAUCUGGGAGAGGCAGCUGGGAAUUUGGGCCCAAUGUGGAGGGGAAAGCAGAGGCUCUGCUUUAUAGCCCUCAGUUCAAGCUGUGGUCUUGGGGCACUAGAAAUCAAGAUUCAAAGGGAACAGGUUUUUUUUUAAUGCAGGAAGCAAUAGAAUAAACACUUCUGACUGACUAAGAGAAGGUGGUGAAAUGGGAGGGAUGGUUCGCAAAUGAGAUGUUGUGAAAACUCUGACAGCAGCAGUCACUGUAGGGCGUAAUGGGUGUAUUGAAUACUGCUUAAAGACAUGCAUGAAAGAAAUCUUUCUGGGCAAAGAAACUAUAUCUUAAAACUAUUUGUAUUUUAACUUUCCCCUCUGUUUCUUUUCAAUCCAUUUGCAACAUAUUUGAGAUUAAAGCUAGUUGUAAAACCAUUUUGCAGGUUUUGAUUUUUUUAAAUUAUUUUACUAUGGAUCUGGUAUAAUCAGAAAUGUCUCCUUGGUGCAGUAGACAUCUGCACUCAGUGGCCACUUUAUUAGGUACACCUGUAAACCUGCCAAUCACAUGGCAGCAACUCAAUGCAUAAAAGCAUGCAGACAUGGUCAAGAGGUUCAGUUGCUCAGACCAAACAUCAGAAUGGGGAAGAAAUGUGAUCUAAGUUACUUUGACCAAUGAAUGAUUGUUGGUUCCUGGCGGGGUUUGAGUAUCUGUGAAAUUGCUGAUCUCCUGGGAUUUUCACGCACAACAGUCUCUAGAGUUUACAGAGAGUGAUGCAAGAAACAUAAAACAUCCAGUGAGCGUCAGUUCUGUGGGUGAAAACACCUCGUUAAUGAGAGAGGUCAGAGGAGAAUGGCCAGACUGGUUCAAGCUGACAGGAAGACGACAGUAACUCAACCCCAUGCUACAACAGUGGUGUGCAGAAGAGCAUCUCUGAACACUGAACACGCCACCUUGAAGUGGAUGGGCUACAGCAGCAGAAGACUGUGGCCACUUUAUUAGAUUUAGGAGGGACCUAACAAAGUGGUAACUGAGUGUAUACUGAUUAAUCUGAAAAUUGGACCCAUUAUUUUUAAAAACAAACUGAAGACCCAGAGCACUGCUGCAGUGUCAUGGGCUACCAGCACU